CGAGAAAGCCCAAUCGGCCGGUCGCGUCUCCGACGUGCCAUUAAAGGCACGGCCAAGCUGGGUUGCCCGGUCUCCAGUGGAUUUUGACAGCCUCUCAGGUGAAGCAUCACGCCCGGGAGCGCUUUCGCUUUCUCCUGCCUCGCCGGACGCACUCGCUGUGAGCCUGGGGUUGCUUCACUCAAAAACCAUCUCUCCGAAGCCCACGCACCACGGCACCAUGAGCAAAAAGAAAAGGGAAUGGAGGACAGAGAAAGAGCGUUUGCUCAGUCUUGGACAGGAAGAAAGACGUAAAGAGUAUGGGAGCAACUAUUUGGCUUUGGACAAGAUACCCACCUGGAGGCAGCAUGUCAACAAUACAGCACCGGAGGAAGAGGAGGAACACCCUAUCUCGUUGUGCGACAAAGUCUCUCUGUACAAAGGUGACAUCACCAUCCUGGAGGUAGAUGCCAUUGUGAAUGCUGCGAACUCCAGUCUGCUCGGCGGCGGCGGAGUGGACGGCUGCAUACACAGAGCUGCGGGUCACUUCCUGUAUGAAGAGUGCCGCUCUCUGAACGGCUGUGACACAGGCAGUGCCAAGCUCACCUGCGGCUACGAUCUGCCGGCCAAAUAUGUGAUCCACACCGUGGGCCCCAUCGCCCGGGGGACCGUGGGGCCAUCCCAAAGCAGAGACCUCAGGUCUUGCUAUGAGACCUCCCUCAGGCUGAUGGAGGAGAACAAACUGCACUCUGUUGCCUUCCCGUGCAUAUCAACAGGAAUUUAUGGUUUCCCCAACGAGCCCGCUGCUGUUAUCGCCCUGAGGACAGUGAGGGACUGGCUGAAGGAGAACACCGAUGAGGUCGACCGUGUCAUAUUUUGUGUGUUCCUGGAGACGGAUUACGAAAUUUACAAAAGGAAGAUGUCAGAUUUCUUCUCUCCAGAUAAACAAGAAUGUGAGAAGCAGACUGAGAGCCAACCGGAGGACGGUGAUGAGCAGCCGACCUGUGAGGACAUGGAGAAGCUGAGCCAGGGUGCCGCAGAUGAGGAUAUGGAAGACGUUGACACACCAAACCAGACACCAGAAAAUGACGUUCCAGGUGAUGAAAACUCUAAGGAAAAGAAGGAAAUACCUGCAGAAAAAAAUGAUCCAGUGGAGGCUGAGAGAUCAGCUGGAGAGAGUAAACCCGAGGAAGACAAAGAGAGACAGGGGGAGAAGAAGGAGGAUUCAGAGGAUGGUGCUGAGAGGGAGACGUGUACCGAGGAGAAGAUACCGGCUGCUCAUGCAGAUCAGGCACAGACGGAGCAAGAGAGAGAUGGCGCUAAGUGUGUGGGCCUCCAGGACAAUGAGAGCCAAGGUGGAAUGGAGUCUAUGGAGGUAGAGGGUGAUCUAGAUGGAGACAAAAACAUUGCAUUGGCUGAGGAUACUGACAUGAGCAAAGUUGAAACACAGUGCCAGAAUGUGAAGCCUCAAGAACCAAACCAAGCAGCUCAGACAGACAGCAGUGAUUCCAAAGAUGGCGCAAUGGAUAAGAGCGAGCCAAAAAAGGCAUGAGACGACAAUCAGCCUCAUAGGUACACACACCGGUAAACUGUGUGAAGGCGUAUGUCAACCCCCCCGCCCCCCGCCCAUACCACACAGUGGAGUCCCCCACAAACCCAGGAAGAGGAAGCCCCACCUGUUUACUCCUUCCUCUUCUUCCUUCCUGUCUUUAUUUCCUCUUGGUUGGGUUAACUCUUAAUCACAAAUAUAUAUGAAAACAGAGAAACAUAUCAAAGAUGAUUAUAUAGGGUUCUAAAAUUGCUGCUUCAUCACUUCCUCUCUGCUAUGUCAUUCUGGUGCUGGAUUUGACUGGUUUAAAUGUAUGAAUACUAAAGGCUAUCGGGGCCUGUAAAUCAUCCCUCGCCAAAAAUCUGCUCUCCAUUGAUUACUGCUUUAGAUCGCACCAGUUUUGAAUUUAGAACGCAGCACCUGCACAUCAGUGACAAAUACAACUGAUUUUUUUUUUUUUUUCUCAAGUGAUGUGUCAGUACGAGUGAUCACGUUUGCAUCUGACCGUGUGUAUGGACUGAACUUGGAUAAUAGGAGACACGUUUUUAGUUCCAGGGCCAUAUGUGAUGUUAAUGUUGUGCAUUCUGAAAUGUGUUUUUCGUUAGACAAAUUCUAUAUGUGCAGAAUGUUUAAUUUCCAUGCCAGCUGUAGAGGAGCCUGAGUGAGCUUUUCAACAAGCUUUGUUUAAAGAGAAUAAGAAGAGUAUAAUAUAGUUAUCAUUGGUAGGUAUAUUUUUAUUCUGGUUCAGAUCCAAGUAUCAUUCCUUCUUGCAAUAUACCAUCAUUAUGCUUUUGCACCCAGACAGGUUCACAUUUUUGCAGCAUUCAGCUCCAAACACUUUGCCACGCUAGAACACCUUGAUUACAGCUCCUUUUGCUUCUAGAUUU